CGUCCAUUGUUGUUGUCGCCGCCGCCGCCGCCGCCGCCGCCGCUGCAACCACCGUCGCGUGCGCGGAGGACCUGCCGCCGCCGCCGCCGUCAUCUCGUCUCAUACCUGAAAAGAAAGUGGUAAACCGGUGGGGGAAGCAAUAGUGGGUGACCCGUUGACCCGCUGCGGGUAUAGUAUCGUUUAGCGACCGCCGCCGCAGACAGAACGGGAUCGACUGCGUGUUGGACGUGUAUUUUUUUUUUAUCGUUGUUUUUGUUGUUGUUGUUGUUGUUAUUGUUGUUGUCGUCGUUGUCGUUGCCGUUGUGCUGGUUGCAGUUGCAUAUUCAUCACAGUAAUCAUCAUCACCGUAUCGUAAUAUUGUUAUCGUCUCGUCGCCGUGUGCAUAUAAUAACAUAAUAUACCAAUAACGUCGUAUACGCACCAGUCGUGAUGGAACACCGUCGUCCAACAAGUACGUGGUGGUGCGCUUUGGCCGCGAUGGCGUGCACCGUCGCAGCGUGUUCGGGCGCCAGCGUACCGCCGCCGCCGUCGUCUACCGUUACGGACCUGCUGUGGACCGGACUGGAAGGCGUCAUCCAGCAGAGGAGCGGGCUCAAAGCCGAGGCGAAACAAGUGCCGGAAAAACGGUGCGAGUGCCAAAGCCCGGAGCUCAAGUCGUGCGUGUGCUGCCUGAGAAUGAGUCUGCCGUUCCUGGACUUGACCACUUCUCCGGGGUGUGUCAAGUUCAAGUACGUGCCGGACAUCGAGUCGAUAGCCGUGAACGUGACUUACGGUAAAGGCAACGUCCAGAACGGUGUCAUCAAGGGAAAUAACCCAGAACCCGUGUGUAUGGACGUGCUGGUCGGAUUCGGUCAACUAUGCGCUCGAUUCGUGGGAAACUCGUCCACACCAAAAGACUUUGACGGUUGUCUAAAGUUAGAAGCUACCUUAUUAAAUGAAGUGCAGAACUCAAUUCCCAUGGGAUGCUUUAAAAUGGACCAAAAUCGAUUAAUCUUCAACUCUACAGUGGUCGAUGUGCCGGAAGAGCAGUCCAACAACAGUACGGAAUCGGGUGAAGAAGAAGAGAACGAGGAAGAGGAAGGUGUAGACCCCAACGAAGAAGCGUUCAUACAGGCGUUUGGACAGACGGCCGUGCAGGGCGUCACUUGGCUGGUCCAAGCCAUGGGAUUGAACUUGAACCAGUCAACUAAUUCCGGAACCACCGCUGCCUCAAACGCACCAACUGCAGGCCAACAACAGCCCUUGCCCGCGAAUGUUUGAUUAUAAGAUGUGACACCAAACUGACA